AUGAAGGGUGGUGUCGUCGUGCUACUGGGCCUUGUGGUCGUCGGCGCCGUCGUCAUCGGGGCCAGGGCGGCGCGGCCGCCGGUGGUGCCGGCGAUGUUCGUGCUGGGGGCCUCUACGCUGGACGUGGGCAACAACAACCACCUGCCGGGGAAGGACGUGCCCAGGGCCGACCACCCCUUCUACGGCAUCGACUUCCCCGGCGGCGCCCGGGCCACCGGGAGGUUCAGCAACGGCUACAACAUCGCCGACUUCAUCGCGAGGCAGCUGGGGUUCGAGAGGAGCCCUGUUGCCUAUCUGGAGCUGAAAUCACGCAACUGUCUCAUCCCCAAUGCUCUCAAGGGAGGAGUGAGCUACGCUUCUGCUGGUGCUGGGAUCCUCGAUUCCACUAAUGCGGGAAAGAACAUUCCACUGUCGAAGCAGGUGCGCUACUUCGCUUCCACCAUGGCCGAGAUGGAGACCGCAUGGGGAAGAUACAAUGUAUCAAAGCUCCUUGCUAGCUCCUUCUUCCUCCUAAGCAUUGGCAACAAUGACCUCCUCCAGUCGACACCAAAGACCCAUGCAGAUGUCGUCGCACUCUACACCACCCUCUUUUCGAACUAUUCUACCGCCAUUACGCACCUCUAUGGGAUGGGUGCGAGAAAGUUCGGGAUCAUCAACACGGGUCCAGUGGGUUGUUUUCCACGGGUGCGCUUGCUGAAUGCGACAGGGGCAUGCCACGAUGGCCUGAACCGCCUCUCUGCAGGUCUUGCUGCUGUGUUCAAGACAGGUCUUGCUGCUGCCCUCACCCCGACUAGGCUCCCUGGCCUCACGUACUCCCUCUCCGACUCCUUUGCUAGCUCACGUGCCAACUUCGAGAUCCCCGAAGCGACAGGGUUUUUGAACAUUGAUAAUGCUUGUUGCGGUAGUGGUAGGUUGGGUGCGGAGGGUGACUGCAACACAAAUGCGAUGUUAUGCAGCGACCGCAAUGCCUAUGCUUUCUGGGACUACGCGCAUCCCAGCCAGCGGGCUGCCGAGUUGGGUGCCCAGGCACUCUUCGAUGAUGGCCCGGCCCAAAUCACCACCCCCAUUAGCUUCAAGCAGCUGGCCUACCAGAAAUGAUUUAUUGAUUCCCUAGAACAAUAUGUGAUUUAUUCUCCUGAUUUUGAGUCAUUCUGAAUUUCUUUAUAAAUUGUAAUCAUUUACCUAUCCUCGCAUUACAGUAUGACCUUUUAUUGGUCAUAAACUUACUGUCGGAUAUCUUGAUAGGCAUGGUCUGAGACACUCCAAGAGCUGCACAUUCUGGGUGUGUUACUUCUUUGUUUAUGCGCACCCCGUUUGUGUCCAAGAAAAAGAGCUGUAGAAGAAUACAACUUUUUUUUUGACAUGGAGAAAGAUAAAACUGGGAUACUCUUUUAGAAUUGUGGGCCUAGCAUCUUACAAAAACUUGGCUAUGAACUUCAUAUGUGUAUUGUGAACUGAUGCAAAUAGUUAUAUAUAUCUUCGACUGUGUUUGGAUGUUUUUAUUGUAGUGGCAAUUUGGUAUUUGGAAUUGCCAACGCUUCAUUCA